CAGCACAGCCCUAAGGUGCUUCUCCUGCUUUUCUCAAACAGGGAGGCUCUCGGUCCUGGGUGGGGCAGCCAGGCAAGGUGUGUCAGCCUGUUGACUCACUGUCUACUACUGACAGAUACCAAAGGUAGUCAGUCCAAAGAGAAAAAACGAGUUUGGGAAUAGACGAGUUUGUCCUUUUGGCGGAUUUAACACCGACGACAAUCAAUCAUCUGUCACUUUCUUCGGUGGAGCUCAGUCCUGCGGACCAGGACGUCAAAAACAAAAAAACAAAAAGUUUCCAAAAAAUAUGGCGAAUGUUUUCAUUUUAAACCUCUGCCUGGUGUUGGUCGUGUCCGGUGUGCAGUCGUGUUUUAUAACCAGCUCUCUCUACGUGCCUGUUCCUCGUUUAAUUCACCCUGGACUCCUAAUAACAAAAGUUAAUGUCGCCGGCUGCGAUACCAGAUCACACUUAACUUUGAGUGACUCGAGUUUUACGAUAAAGGAUAAUGGGGAAAUAGUAGCUUUGACUGCGGUGUCAGUAGCAACAAGCGGGCGGACAUUUUCUGUGUGGGCUCAGGACAACAGUGGACUGCAAAGUGAGAUGGAAGUUCACCUUUUCCGCAGCACAGUGCGGGAAACAGAGCACAAAGGCAAAAGCAAAGGCAAAGGCGUCCUGGUGCGCACCAAGAGAGAAUGGGGUCACCCACCCUUCAACAUAUUAGAGAAUCUUCCAGGACCUUAUCCUAAAAACAUUGAGCAGAUUGUAUCGGAUUCUGAGAUCAACCACAAAGUGUACUACACUUUAAGUGGACCAGGUGUCGAUAGUCAUCCAGGGAACGUGUUCUCUUUAGACCGGUAUUCUGGGAUGUUAACUGUGCACAGAGCAGUUGAUCGUGAGGAGUUCCCAAGGUUUAACUUAACAGCUAAUGUUUAUGACCGGCUCACAAAUAAUCCAACGGACAGAACUUUAGCUAUCAUCAUAAUCAUCGAUGAUGUGAAUGACAACGCUCCUACAUUUAAAGACCGCCUGGAGUUUACUGUGCUUGAGCAAAGCAAAGCAGGUGCAGAGGUGGGGAAGGUGAACGCUACAGACCGAGACGACCCAACUACAAAACACGUUGUCAUCAAAUACACUCUCUUGGAUGGAGCUGACUGGUUUAGAAUCGACCCAUCGACUGGUGUCAUCAAAACAGUAACUAACACCCUAGACAGGGAGACACAAGACAAGUAUCUGGUCAAGAUACAAAUCAAAGAUAACGAAGGUGCUGCCAAUGGUCUGGCUAACACGGGUACAGCAACUAUUAUUGUGGGUGACAUCAAUGACAACCCACCGACUUUCUCAAAAGCAUCUUAUGAAACGUCUGUCAAAGAAAAUGAAAGCGAAAAACUUCUCCUCCGAAUUCCUGUUCAAGAUAAGGAUUUAAUAAAUACACCAAACUGGAUUUCUAAAUUCGUCAUCACUCAGGGCAAUGAAAAUGGAAAUUUCAGAAUGGCUACUGACCCUAAAACAAAUGAAGGGCUUCUGUACGUUGCUAAGGCCUUGAAUCAUGAGCAGGCUAAGAAUGUUAAACUUCAGAUUACGGCAAAAAAUGAAGUUGAUCUGACUGGCACCAACGCCCAAUGGCAGUCCGUCCCUGUGACUGUCAGUGUCAUCGACAUGGAUGAGGGUCCAGAAUUCACAGCUCCUACAAUCCGCUUCAAAGUCAAAGAGAACACACCACUAGACACGGUGAUAGGAAGAUACACAGCUGUAGAUCCUGAAACCAAAAGCAGUGAUGGCAUCAAGUAUUACAAGGUCACAGACCCAGCCUCCUGGAUCAAUGUCGACAGAAAUACCGGAGAGCUGAAGGUUGCAGGCGAAAUUGACAGAGAGUCAGACUUCGUCCAGGAUGGAAUAUACAACAUCACCAUGAAGGCUGUUGAUGCUAGCACCAAGACAGGCACAGGAACCGUCAUCAUCGAGGUGGAGGAUGUCAACGACAAUAAGCCAAAGGUUCCCAGUGAGCUGGUGAUGUGUGAGAACCCGGGAGGGCUCAGCUCUGUGACUUUUGUGGCUGAAGACGAAGACAACAGUCCCUUGUCUUCCCCCUUCACCUUUGCUUUGCCAGACAAUCAUGAUGGCAAAUGGUCUUUGACAAGGUUUAAUGACACAGCAGCUACGUUGAGUCAGCUCAAAGAAAUUCCUACGGGGAUACACGAGGUUGAUGUGAUGGUUACAGACCUGCAGGGCAGUGGCGAUUUACAGACGGUGAAAGUACGGAUCUGCCAGUGCAGAGAUGGAGUCUGCUUGGCCAAAGCAAGCUCUGUGUCAUUAGGGCCACUGGGUAUACUUGCUUUGCUGUUGCCUCUGGCCCUCCUCCUACUGCUCUUACUACUGCUUAUCUUUUUCUGUGCGACAAAGAGAGAGAAGUUGGAACUUGAUGAUGGAGGAGGCAGCGGUGGAAUCCUGCUCAAAUCAAACACUGAGGCCCCAGGGGAAGAAGUGGAUUCAAGUCUCAUCACUAUUCCCACUAUGGGGAUUGAACAAGGAGUGAAGGGCAACACGUUGAAGACAGGAUGGAUGGGAACCAAGAGCACCAGCACAAUCGGAGGCCAUGGUGCACAUGAGAAUGGGACGUAUAAGGGCAUUACCACAGCUGAUACAAAGGAGUACUCUUCUGCCCAGUAUGAUUACCAGUAUGGUACUCAACAGUUUAAUGGAGGUAAUCUUCGUGGUAGUUAUGUGGACUUUGACAACAGGUACUUCGCCCAGGACUCGGCUCUUCUUCACACCUGGCAAACACAUGGACGCUAUCUACAGCAGAAGCUGGCCUUCAUGGGAACAGAAGAUGACGGACGGUAUGCAGAUGACGGCACCCGCGUCUACGGGUUUGAGGGGCAGGGCUCUGUAGCUGGCUCCAUCGGAUGCUGCAGUGACUAUGGCGAAACUGAUGACCUCGGCUUCCUAAACACACUUGGACCAAAGUUCAAAAGUCUCGCAGAUGCGUGCAAAAAGUCGUGAACAAUGAAGCUGAAUAAUGAAUGGUGUUUACUUUUCUCUGUACACAGUGUCGUGAGGUCGGGGAUCUGAACGCUCUGUGUCCCGCUGAACAUGAAUGAGAAAUAGAACAAGCAGACGGCAACAGUGUGUGCGCACUGCUCCGCUAAUGCUUUAUGUUUUUAUUUACUUUUCUUCGCUGCUUUUUGGUAAAGAGUCUUUUUGCACUGAAAACUAUACAGAUGCGACCACUUGUCCAUACUUUACGUUGUGUGUUGCAUGUUGUUUGCCUUUUUUUCAUCCGGGCUCAGAAUACAGGAGUCGAACUGAUUUCGAAACCAGGUUGCAUCAUGCACAUUAAGAGGAACUUCAGAAGCUCUUCUCUCUAAUCUCAAAACAUACACACUUACAAAACUGUGGGAUAUCACUGAGAUUCUUGUGCCAAAGAAAACAAUCUACCGCCCUUCCUGAGCUCAUGUGGUAGCAGGUAUAAACAAAAUGGAGGCAAAUAGCAGGAGGCUAAAGAAGAGGUCUGGGUAAUAAAAACGGUUGGAGAGGCACGGUUAAAACGUGCUGUCUAUCUCUCAGCGAGAACUUAAAGUGAGAGUUUAACUGUCGGCUUUAAUACCGUUAACCUUAAGGGCUGAAACACUUGGCAACUCGUCUGCUGGGCUGUCUCCUUGUAGACUUGACACUCUUUCUGGUUUCUCAAAGUACUGAUAUCAUUAUCCAGAUUUCAUCUCCUAAAUAUCAAACAUGUUUGAAAAUAUCUGGGUGGUCCCAAUGAGCAUGUAAGCAGUUAUGGAGGUUUAAACCUGGAUAUGUAAUAUUUGAAGGGGUGAAUCAGCCUAAAACUCCUGUGGUCUGAGCCUGGCUUUAGAGUCUUUGUGUGUUUUUAUCCAUCCAUCAUCCCACUUGUCAUUUUCAGGAAUGGCGAGUGGAGGUGGUUUUGCAGGUUCCUAAUGACAGUUGUGUAGCUAUAUGUGGGGAGGGGCUGUAGGGGUUUUCUGUUAAUUUGUCACAGCUGUGGGUAUUUUGGUUAUAAGUCACAAUCUUGAACUAUUCACAUGAAAGUACAGUUUUGUUUUUGUGUGGCUGAUUUUAAAGUAUUUGUUUAGAUUUUUUU